UUCACAAGACGAUGGAGAAGUACGAAAAAAUAAAAGUAGUUGGAAGAGGCGCAUUCGGUAUAGUGCACCUUUGUCGGCGUCGCAGUGAUGGGGCCCUGGUAAUCCUGAAAGAGAUUCCGGUGGAGCAGAUGACGCGGGACGAACGUCUGGCAGCCCAGAACGAGUGCCAAGUUCUCAAAUUACUCAACCACCCUAACAUAAUUGAGUACUAUGAGAAUUUUCUCGAAGACAAAGCGCUCAUGAUAGCAAUGGAAUAUGCGCCAGGUGGGACGUUAGCUGAUUACAUUCAGAAACGCUGCAACUCCCUGCUGGAUGAAGACACCAUCCUGCACUUCUUUGUGCAGAUCUUGCUGGCUCUGUAUCACGUGCACAACAAACUCAUUCUACACAGGGACCUGAAGACCCAAAACAUCCUGCUGGACAAACACCAGAUGAUUGUCAAAAUUGGGGACUUCGGGAUCUCCAAAAUCCUUGUCAGCAAGAGCAAGGCUUAUACUGUAGUGGGGACGCCAUGCUAUAUCUCUCCAGAGCUGUGUGAGGGCAAGCCUUACAACCAGAAGAGUGACAUCUGGGCCCUGGGUUGUGUGCUUUAUGAACUGGCCAGCUUGAAGAGAGCUUUUGAAGCUGCAAACCUGCCGGCCCUGGUCCUGAAGAUCAUGAGUGGGACCUUCGCGCCGAUAUCGGAUCGCUACAGCCCCGAACUGCGGCAGCUCAUCCUCAACAUGUUGAACCUGGACCCGUCCAAGCGGCCGCAGCUCAACGAGAUCAUGGCCCACCCCGUCUGCAUCCGCCCUCUGCUCAACCUCCACACCGACGUGGGCAACGUGAAGAUGCGCAGGAUUGAGAAGCCACUGUCUACUGUACCAGCGGGUGCUCAUGGCAGACCAGGGGGGCGUGUGGCCGGAACCCGGACACGUGAUGGCCUGAUGGGCCUUGGCCCCAGUAAGAUGAUGCACUCUCUUCCCCAGUCGUCCGUGUACACCUGGGGCAGUGGCAUCUCCUCCCCACUCCGCCUCCCCAUGCUCAACACAGAGGUCCUGGAGGUGUCCCUGGGCCGCACCCAGAAGAUGGGGGUCACCAAGUCAGGCCGCCUGCUUACCUGGGAGGCCCCGUCUCUGGGGUUAGAUGACCCCUGCCUGCCCGGUGCUGUGGACCACAUGCAGCCCAUGUUCAUAUCCCGCUUCCUGGAGGGACAGUCUGGGGUCACCAUCAAUUCUGUGUCCUGUGGAGACCUCUUCACCGCCUGUCUCACUGACCGAGGCAUCAUCAUGACAUUUGGUAGUGGCAGCAAUGGAUGCCUUGGGCACGGGAGUUUUAACGACGUGACGCAGCCCAAGAUCGUGGAGGCCCUGCUGGGCUACGAGCUGGUGCAGGUCUCCUGCGGAGCCUCCCACAUCCUGGCCGUGACCAACGAGGGAGAGGUCUUCUCCUGGGGCCGUGGCGAUAACGGUCGCCUGGGUCUGGGCAACCAGGACUCCCACAACACCCCGCAGCAGGUGAGCGUGCCGGCCGACUUUGAGGCCCAGAACGUGCUCUGUGGGGUGGACUGCUCCAUGAUCAUCAGCACGCAGCAGCAGAUCCUCGCCUGCGGGAGCAACAGGUUCAACAAGCUCGGGCUGGAUCAAAUAGUUGGAAUAGAGGAGCCUGUCCCCCCGGAUCAGCUGGAAGAGGUCCAAGCAUUCCGUCCCAUCCAAUCAGCUCCUCUGAGUGUGGAGAAGAUUGUUUACAUUGAUAUAGGAACGUCCCAUUCUGCUGCGGUCACAGAGAAGGGCCAGUGCUUGACCUUUGGCAGUAACCAGCACGGCCAGCUGGGCUGCAACUCUCGGCGUAGCAGCAGAGUGCCGUACGUGGUGCCCAAGCUCCAGGGCAUCACCAGGGCAGCCUGUGGAGACGCCUUCACCCUGGCCAUCGGAGCUGAUGGGGAGGUCUACACCUGGGGGAAGGGAGCUCGCGGUCGCCUGGGCAGGAAAGAGGAGGAUUCUGGGAUACCAAAGGCAGUUCAGCUUGACGAGACCCAUCCAUUCACCGUCACCUCGGUGGCUUGUUGUCAUGGCAACACCCUCCUGGCGGUGAAACCUCUGUUUGAAGAGUCGGUACCAAAGUGACCCCUGUGAUGACGACGACGAAUCGAAAGCAGAGAGGACAAAUGCAGCAUGAAGGACAAACAGACACGUAGAAUCACGCUGUGUCUGUUUUGGGAAAACACUUAAUUGUUGAUGAGUGUUAAGCCAUGGGCCCGAUCAUGUUAGGUUUAAUGGUAUCAGAUAUUUUCAGGGACAAAACUGAAAAAUUAAAAUAUUGCACUACACAACUAAAGGGCUAGUUGUGUUUGGUUCACAAGACCAAUGUAAAUACAGG